AUGGCAAAGAAACGAAUGGAAACUGCAAAGAUAAAUAUGUUGGAAGCAAUGGCAAAGAACAAGGAAAAGAGAGCGCAUCGACUGAAAAUGACGCUCAAUCGUCUUGAUAAGCGAGUAAGUUAUGUUUUUAUUAUAUAUAAUAGAGAUUUUGAAACAAUUUCAUCUAUCCGUUUGCCUUGAUUUAUAUGGUGUAGUUUUAUAGUGUUAUGGUCAGUUUAUCACAUCAUGUUAGCUGUCUGCAGUGCUUUAAUCUAUAUUUUAUAUGGUAGUACACUCAUACUAUAAAGCAGCACAAUAGCUUGAAGCUCAAAUAUCGACAGUUCAACUUCAAGUCUUUAAACUGAGUUUAAAUGUUUAAUACUGCUGCUAUAUAAACUGAAUUAAACGCACAGCUUUUGUUUAAAUAUACAAAAAUGUAUACUGUCAGACUUUAGUUGACCUCACCUUGCCCUUGGCUUGAACAUACCUAAUGUAUACUGGGGUGCUUUAAAUAAACAGGGUGCUUUUUCAAGGAAGGCAAUGGAAUAUAAAGUAGGAUAUACCCUAGGAAAUUUGGCACUGAGUGCCCAAGGUGCAUUCUGUGUAAACCUCACGCCGAAGAUGAUCCGAGGUUGUGUUGCCGUGCGCCAAGUGAGGUCAACUUGUGCACCGGCCCAAGUCAUCGUGGGCACCAUGCCAAAUUCCAAAACUCGUACAUGUCCAUUUAUUUUUUGCUUUUAUUUAACAAUUUACUCAUAAAGUUAUGAUGCAAAACAAGGUGAUCAAAAGAUCGUUUUAUGUGCAUACUAGAUGAAGAAUGUUUGUUCUGUUUUUCGAUAACCGUACCAUACUGGAAGAAUGUCUACAUUGGGUCAUUCCAGAAAACAUACAUACCACCCCCACAUAUGAAAUUGGAAGCAGGCACAGAUUUUCUGGGGGUGCGGGGAAUGCGCACCCCCAAAAAUUAUUUGCACCCCCGGAGGCAUUUGACACCGCCCCCAAAAGUUUUUGCACCCCCGCAAAUUAUAUAUAUUUUGAUUUGUUAGUUUCAUAUUUGAUUAUUCUUACUACUAAAUUUGUAGAAUUACCAAUAUUAUGGUCUCAGAUCUUGCCAUACAGGCCUAGAAAACAAAUUUUGUUAAACUUUUUCCUUGGCCUUUCCGGGUGUCAUGGUUUAUUCAAACCUUAUUCAAACGUUAGCUUAAUUAUAUUUCCGGCGUUACUAAUUGACGUCAUUAUGUAUUGGUAAUUAAUUCAUAUGCAUGUUUAAUUAGCAUUCUUGUUAUUGCACCAGACUUUACCAAGUUGUUUUUGUCAUUAUCGUUAAACAGUCGUCAGAGUUAGACCAUUAUCACUCUAUUAUUGAACUAUCUUGGAUAUAGACUCGGGACAGACAACUUAGACUUUUUACUGAGAACACAACUACAUUGUCUUAGUGUUAUUUCGUUUCGUUAAUCUCUGUCUGUAAUUGGACUGUAUAUUAUAUUAAUAAAUACUACGUGCAGAAUGUGUUUCGGUUAUUACUUCGUUCUUAAUUUUAAUCGAAAGACGCGAUACCGGGCAUUGCCACCAGGCCCCAGCCAAAGCAAGCAGAUAUUUAUCCACCUCCCUGAACGAAAAUAUGAAAAUCCGUCUCUGAUUGGAAGUUAACCGCCCUACCCCCUUCGGAUGUACAACUCGACUGUACAAUAGUACAACUCCACGCCGGAGAUCUCCAAACUUUUCAGCACGGAAUGCACCCUGGCUGAGUGAUAAUGAACGUGUCACCUUGGCUUCGAUUAGACCAGUUUGGUUGCUGACACAUUGCACCGUAAUAUAUUUGUUAACACAUUUCCUAAAAAAAAAAAUGUGCAGGGAUGCUGGAACCACAUGUGCAGUGGGACAAAUGCACUCUUGACUUUUGUAUUUGCAACUUAAAUGCAAGGGGUGCAUUUGCGCCUGUGCUUCUGGCACCCCUGGUAGUGCUCUAGUAUUAGACAAAUUAACCUAGUCAGCGGCAAAAGAUUGAUUGACAAGAUUAUAAUUUCUUGUUUAACAUUAUGUAGGUAGCCAGUUUAGUAAAUGAAGUGGAGGAUAGGGUUGAAAUUGAAAAGGAAUUGGGAGGAGGCACUUUAGGUAGUAAUCAGGGAGGUAGAGCUGGGCAAAAGGUAGUAUUCUUGGGCAAGAAAACAGCAGGAAUGAGGAGAAAGAAACCAACUACAGCUUUACAUAAGAAUGUCAGUGUGUCAACAGCUAGACAACGAUGCAAGGAAACCAUGCAGGCAGCUAUUGAAAUACAUGGCUGUUCGAAUCAAGGUUGCCAACUGCCCCAUUCCAAAGCUUGUCCCUUACCAUAAACUAAUGCCUUAUAUUAGAUCUAUAGAUAUAGGUCAGUUAUUUAGUGUUAGGGAGACUCUCUGUGAUGGAUUGGAGGAUGCAGAGUAGGUUGCUACCGUAACCUUGAAGAUCUAGUGCUUAAACUGGCCGAAUUUUAUUUAUGCAAUGAUCUUUAUGAUAUCCUUACAUUUGGUGUUGAACCUUAUAUGUUUCAUAUAGCUUUAGGUGGUGAUGGUGCUCCUUUUGGGAAAGAUGAUACCGCAUGUGCAUGGCUUGUCAGCAUUCUUAACAUCGGAAGAGUGCUAAGUAGCAAUGAAAAUUUUUUAUUGUUUGGCGCCGACUAUAAGGAAGAUUGUGUACCGGUUAAGCGGUUUAUGAACAUCUUAAUGAAAGAUAUUAGUAGAAUUGAGAACACCACUUACACAAUUGCAUACAAGGGUUCUUCUGUUCAGGCUAAGUUUUUUGUUUCUGAGCUGCCAAAUGACACGAAAAUGUUGGCAUUUCUUGGUGGUGAAUUAAAUAAUAGUGCCAAGUAUUAUUCUUCAUUCGCAGAUGUCACUGCUCACGAUCACAGGAAUGCAAAGGGGACAUUUGGAAUGGAGAAAAACUGUACAUGGAAGCCUUGGGAAUAUGCUAAGGGGUUGGAAGUUGCUGCAGAAGUUGUGAAAAUGAAGGCAAAGGUAAAUGUGCAGCCAAUUUCCAAGGCGACUAAAAGAUCAAAGGUCACAAAAUUUAUAGCUGGAAAGAAGAGCAGGCAAGAAUUUGUCCCCCUAGUAAGUAGAGUUAUUGAUCGAGCGCAUGUAGAUCCUCUGCAUCUGAAGAAUAAUAUAUGUGCCUUAGUCCAUCGCCAUAUUUUAAAUCUAGUUAUGUCAAUGUCUAAACUCUCAAGUUCUGUAACAUGUUUUAACAAAGUUCCCCAUACAUCACCAUUUUUAGUGUGAAGUUUCACUUCACACUAUUGUGAUGGCUGGCAAAUUCACACGAAUCAGUCAGUCAGUCAGUCAGUCAAACAGUCAGUCAAAGAGUAAACUUUCCGGGGGAUGUAUACGAUUUAUGUUCGUAGUGAUUUAUUGUACUUAGUCAGUACUUUGAAGGUUAUUUAGGCAAUUUCAGUUAACUUGUUUACAUAUUCUGUUAUCCUUUUGCCAAGUUCACAAAAAUUUCGAGGAGUCGCUUUCGUUAUUGUAAUUUUUUGUAAAUUUUAGAACAUUCGCUUCUCGUGUUGUGUUAAGGAUCUUUACCCCGGAACACCCGAUUUUUUCUUUAGUAGCGCAAAUGCGCAUGCGCUAUCAAGCCAUAGAUCACGAUGGUGUGACGAUAUGCUAGGAAGGAGUGACAGUGCUGUUUUCAGAUGUAUAAGCAUUUCAGACGUGAAUAUUGAGUAAAUCUUUAAAAAUCUACGCAAAAUACAAAUUGAUCUUAUGCAUUACGGGCGUUCAAUUAAGUGCCGAUAAUAUUUAGACGGUAUAUUCAUUAUACAGAGCUAGGAAGGAGUAGACCGCCUAGACAAUGCAGUUAAGUGUAUAAACAUUUCAGACGUAAAUAUUGAGUCGAAAGUCUUUGACAUUCUAGGCAUUCAAUUGAGUGCCGAUAUUAUUUUCACGGCAUACUCAUUAUACAGAGGUACAGUACGUGGGCAGAAGCGAGACAGUGUUGUUUUCAAGCAUAUAAACAUUUCAGACAUGAAUAUUGAGAAAAUCUUUGAGAUUCUACGCAAUAAUACAAUAUGUAAAUUUAUGUUAUGCAUUACCGGCAUUCAGGUAAGUGCCCAUCGAUAUUAUUUAGACCGUGUAUUCAUUAUACAUUGUCAUUGACUGUAUAAGGUGCUACAUCACAGAAUAGAUGGCUACACUCAGUACAAAGAGCGAAAAAUUACAUCAGAUCAAUAAAGCAUAAACAACUAUUAAACAGAAGCGGGCAAACGUUUGUACGGCGUUUACGAAGAAAAUAACUUGCGAAACUAUUAAAGAAAUCAGUUGAGUCAGGGCUCCUUAUUUAAAUAAGAAAGACAAGGAGAUAGCGAAUGUGUUAUCGCCAACGUGUUAUUGCCAAUCGCUUAGCUCGCCAACAAGCUUUAUGCAAUACAAGAAAAAAGCAAGGAGGUACAUGUAGCCAACGUGUACCGUCACAGACCUUGUCUUUGACCUUUGUUUACUGUCCAGCACAACGCCGUUGUCAACGGUGCAAAUUCGUGUACAGUUCAACGAUAACUCUACCAGAUCGUACGAGAAUCAAUCUGUAGUAUUCUGUACACAGAACUGUAUCAACGCUUGUCAAAACUGCUUUAAACACUGCUUAACUGAAACUAUUGAAAUUUAAAGUGACAUUAUUCAACACAUGCGAAAAGCUGAAAAUAGACGUGACACCGGGAAAAGUCAAAGGUCAAUGAGACUUGUUAUUGUAAAACAUGUCACAAUUAGAUUAAAAUGCGGAAGCAGAUAUGCGGAUAAAAUACGGAACGGAUGAGGGUAAAACGCGUCCUUUUAAUGAUGUAACGACUUAGUGCUUAUUAUUCAUAACAUAUCUUAUACAGCUAUUUCAAUUAUAGUUUUAGAUAAAUUUAGCAUAGCAGUAGCCUCGUGGGGAUGCUUUUAGCGACAGCUGCAGAUGCAAAUGAAAAUUUAGAAUAUGCAAAAUUUGGUUGUUGGUAAAACAAUUUAAAUUUCGAAUUGUCGCGUGUAGCAUCACAAUAAAUAGAUAAAUUGCAUCAGUUUCACAAGGCACGUUUCUGAUGUGUUAGGCUUGUUUCAAACGUCACGCUACUUGUGUGCCGAGCGUAUUAAAAGCAAUAAAUAAUGAGAUGAAAUGCCUUUGGUAACUGUUUAUUUCGUAGCGUAAGUCAUCAGCUUUUCUAGGUUAUCGGCGACCCUAUAUAGUCCUUGCAGUGUCGUUUUCAAUUUGAAACUUCACACUAUCCUUGGAUCCCUAGUUUCUUUACAUUGAUACAUCAAGAUCAAAGUGUUGUCUUUCCAGGUUAGCAAAGAAAGUUCAAAAAUGGUUCAAUGA